AUGUAAUAAUAAUUAUAAAGACACGGAAGUAUGGAACCAUUAAAUGAUCAAAAUGCUUAAGUUGGUGGAAAUGUAUUAGAUUAAAAUCUAAUACGAUAAAAGAACUGUAUUUUAUGGUUAUUAUGCUUUUGUUUUUUGUUUUGCACAAUAUAUUUAUAAGCAUUAUGGUAAAUUUGAAUUUAAAAUAAAAAAGUAUGAUACCUGGAGUUUAAGUAUGUUCUAUGAAUGGGAUAGAAGCUCCUGUGCCUUUUUAAUAAAGCAUAAUUGCAUAUUACUUUUUUACUUUAUUGUUUUUAUACACGAUUUACUAUGCUCUUGAAAAUGUGAAACAUACAAUAGUAGUUCUUAUCAGAUGGCCUAUAUUGCUUUAUUCUUUAGCAGCUAUAAUAAUAGGGGUUGUUUCGAUUAUUUAAUCAUAUAGCAUGACUAUAGAAGAUAUUUAAGAAGGAUGGAACAAAAUGACUUAAUGGAGAAAGCAACAAUAUUAUAGCAGUUCAUCAACUAAUUUAUUAGAUGAAAAUAAAAGAAAUUUAAUACUAAUAAGUAUUUAUCAUUUUAUCUAUGGAUUCGUGUUUAUAAUUCUUUUUGGAUUAUUAUUUAAUUACUAAACAAUAAUGCCUUAAAAUUGGAGACCUCCCUUUUCAUCUAGAUUACUUUAAAAAUAAGCUUUAAUUUAUAGAAUGGGAAUGGCUGAGGAAUAAUAACAACCAAAGUAAGAUGAUGAAGAAAACUUAGAGAAUAAACCUNAUUGAGUAUCAUAUAAUUUAUCAAACUCUUACAUUUUAAAAAUGGACAAUUUUAAAUGUAAUAAUAUGCUUAAUUCGAUAUUUAAAUUGGAAAAAUUAACAAAAUCAAAAUGGUUUCUAUGAUUAAUCUAUUAGUAUUAAAUUAAUGAGAUAUUUUUUCAUUAAUUGUAAAAAGGAUUUA